AUGGGCACCGGCGAGGCGCUACUGGUGGGGCUGCUGGUGCUGGUGCUGGCCGUGGCGCUGCUAUCUAACGCGCUGGUGCUGCUCUGUUGCGCCUGCAGAGCCGAGCUCCGCGCGCGCGCCUCAGGCGUCCUCCUGGUGAACCUGUCUCUGGGACACCUGCUACUGGCGGCGCUGGACAUGCCCUUCACGCUGUUCGGAGUGCUGCAGGGGCGGCCACCGUCGGCGCCUGGCACCUGCCAAGCCAUCGGCUUCCUGGACACCUUCCUGGCGUCCAACGCGGCGCUGAGCGUGGCGGCGCUGAGCGCGGACCAGUGGCUGGCUGUGGGCUUCCCGCUACGCUGCGCCGGCCUCCUCCGACCGCGCAAUGCGGGCUUGCUGCUGGCCUGUGCCUGGGGACAGUCGCUGGCCUUCGCGGUCGCUGCCCUCGGCUGCUCCUGGCUUGGCUACAGCAGCGCCUUCGCAUCCUGCUCGCUGCGCCUGCCGCCCGAGUCCGAGCACCUGCGCUUCGCUGCCUUCACCGCCGCGUUCCAUGCCGUGGGCUUUGCGCUGCCUCUGGCGGUGCUCUGCCUCACCUCGCUUGGGGUGCUCCGGGAAGCGCGCAGCCACUGCCGGCGCAUGGACACCGCCACUAGGAAGGCGCUCGUGCUGCUCACCGACCUGCAUCCCAGCGUGCGCCAGCGCUGUCUCAUCCAGCAGAAGCGGCGCCAUCACCGUGCCACCAGGAAGAUUGGUGUCUCUAUCGCCACCUUCCUCAUCUGCUUUGCCCCCUACGUGGUGACCAGGCUGGUGGAGCUCGUGCCUUCCGUCACCGUGAACCCCCACUGGGGCAUCCUCAGCAAGUGCCUGACCUACAGCAAGGCAGCGGCCGACCCGUUCAUGUGCUUCCUGCUCUGCCGGCCGUUCCGCCAAGUCCUGGCUGCCAUGGCGCACCAGCUGCUGAAGAGAUCCCCGCCCCCAGCGUCUGCCCACCACAGCUCUCUGGACGCAGAGAAUGAUUCCUGCUUGCAGCAGUCACUCUGA